UGGAAGUAUACGUAACAUAAUGACCAUAAUGACAAUUAAAUGCUACUCAUCCACCCCAACCUACACCCUCCAUUUCCCAAUCUCGUUUUAAAUGCAGUGCCCAAUUAUUCAUUUUCUGAUCGUUUUCAUUACAAAAUUCACACAACAAACCAAAUAGCUAGAAAGAUCAAAAAUGGCAGAGAAGACGAUAUUGGAGAAAGAAGGAGGAGUUGUUUUGAUGGAAAAAAACAAAGAAAAUGAAGAAAAUGGUAAAAUAAGAAGCAUGCGUACAGCAGAGACAUUGUUUAGAUUGGUACCAAUGGGUCUUUGUGUUGCUGCUCUUACUGUUAUGCUCAAGAACUCUCAAACUAAUGAUUUUGGUGCUCUUACCUACUCCGAUCUUGGUGCUUUCAAAUAUCUUGUUCAUGCGAAUGGCAUAUGUGCUGGUUACUCCCUCCUUUCAGCAGUGGUUACAGCCGUACCUCGUCCUUCUACAAUGUGCCGUGCUUGGACCUUCUUCUUCCUUGACCAGGUGUUGACAUACAUAAUCAUAGGGGCAGGAGCAGUAUCAACAGAAGUAAUGUACUUGGCAUACAAGGGAGACCAAGCCAUCACAUGGAGUGCAGCAUGUGAUAGCUUUGGAGGGUUUUGCCACAAAGCCACAGCUUCAGUUGCUUUAACAUUUGCUGUCAUUUUAUGUUAUGCUUCCCUUUCUCUCGUCUCCUCCUACCGGUUGUUCAGCCGAUUCGAUCCGCCCGCCUCUCCCGCCAGCACCGUCAACACCUCACAGAUGGCUGCCUUCCAUGCUUGACCCACAGGCGACACUGAUGAAUUAACUAUGUCUUUGUGUACGUUUUGCCCUCGUCUAGGAAUAAGAUAUGAAAUAUAUGGUUUACUUAUGUGUAUGACUUUGAUAUUAUAUGUUACGUUAUGUCACUGUGUACUCUCUUGAUAA